UCCUGCGGCGACCUCGGCGGCGGAGCCCCGGCGGGGACUUGGAGUCCGCGGGAGUCCGGGCAGCGGCGGGCGCGACUUGCGGACUGGAGCUGGGGGCGGCAGCAGUCCCGGCGGGGUCCUGGCCCGAGGCGACGGGCUCUGCGACCCUGCGAGAUGGAGGGGGCAGAAGGUAACGCCGGGCAGCCCGGCUCCGCCGAGCGGUCCCACCGAAGCAGUGUGUCCUCCGUGGGAGCUCGAGCUGCUGAUGUGCUGGUGUAUCUAGCUGAUGACACAGUGGUGCCCCUGGCGGUGGAGAACCUUCCUGCGCUCAGUGCCCACGAGCUGCAUCGCGCAGUCCGAGAGGUCCUGCAGCUCCCAGACAGCGCCCUGGAGGCCUUCGCGCUCUGGCUCGUCUCCCCUCUGCUGGAGGUGCAGCUGAAGCCCAGGCAUCAGCCGUACAAGCUGGGCCGCCAGUGGCCGGAGCUGCUGCUGCGAUUCACUGACGCCCCAGAUGACGAUGUGGCUACAGAUGAGCCAUCCCUGCAGUUCCGGAGGAACGUGUUCUUCCCGAAGCGGCGGGAGCUCCAGAUGCAGGACGAGGAGGUCCUGCGGCUGCUCUACGAGGAGGCCAAGGGCAAUGUGCUGACCGCCCGGUACCCGUGUGACGUUGAGGACUGCGAAGCACUCGGGGCCCUGGUGUGCCGGGUGCAGCUUGGGCCCUACCAGCCUGGCCAGCCCACGGCCUGCGCCCUGAGGGAGAAAUUGGACUCCUUCCUCCCGUCCCACCUCUGCAAGCGGGGCCGAGGCCUCUUCGCUGUCCUCCGGGGCCGGGAGGCCAAGGCCGGGACGGGCGAGCAAGGCCUGCUGAACGCCUACCGCCAGCUGAAGGAAGCGGACGGCAGCCACAGUGAGCACGCCGCCUCGCUGGGCUCCCACUACCGCGCCUACCUCCUCAAGUGCCACGAGCUGCCCUUCUACGGGUGUGCCUUCUUCCACGGUGAGAUCGACAAGCCAGCCCAGGGCUUUCUGCAUCGGGGUGGACGCAAGCCAGUGACGGUGGCCAUCAGCCUGGAGGGGGUGCACGUCAUCGACAGCAGGGAGAAGCAUGUCCUGCUGGGCCUGCACUUCCAGGAGCUGUCGUGGGACCACACUUCCCCUGAGGAGGAAGAGCCCAUCCUGUGGCUGGAGUUCGAUGGCGACAGUGAGGGCAUGCCUGUCAACAAGCUGCUCAGGAUCUACUCCAAGCAGGCUGAGCUGAUGAGCGGCCUCAUCGAGUACUGCAUCGAGCUGAGCCAGGCCGCAGAGCCCGCUGCUCCCCAGGACAGUGCGUGUGGCCCCCACUCGGCCUCCAGCCCUGCCCCGCCGGCCGCCCAGCGCCCCAAGCUACGGAGGCAGGGCAGUGUGGUGUGCAGCCGGAUCCAGCAUCUCUCCACCAUUGACUACGUGGAAGAGGGCAAGGGGAUCAAGCGGGUGAAGCCGAAGCGCACCACGUCCUUCUUCAGCCGGCAGCUGUCCCUGGGCCAGGGCAGCUACACUGUGGUGCAGCCCUCCGACAGCCUGGAGCAGAGCUCAGGAUGAGUGUGCUUCUGCACCUGGCCCGCCGUCCUCCCAGGCAGGGGCCGGGCUGGGUUAGGCUGAAAUUAGGCUGUGCACGUGGUCCGUGAGUACUUGAGAACAUGGAGGGGUGGGCACAGGCCCCUCUGCAGUCCGUCCUCCUGUCCCCGCUGCCCCUACUGACCAACACGAUGCCCAUCUGGAGGUGAUCGCCCCUGCCGCCGGUGGCAGGGGCCUGGCUCACAUCUCGGGCUGUGGGGUCCUGUGUGCCUUUGCUCUUCUGGACUCUGGUCAGCACGUCUUGCAUUCCUUCUGCCGGCAUUCCACCUACCUUGCUCUCAGGAGGACUGGCCCCUGGCCUGAGCUAUGCGGAAACAGCACUGCCCCCCCCCCCCCAAUGUCUAGGACUCCACCCCGUUCUGCAGGCCAGACACACUGAGCAGACAAGGUUCCUUUUGUCUGCCUUUGGUGUCAUGCCCAUGUUGGGAGGUGGCUGUCUUGGGGACCAGUAGACACCCCCCCAUUUCACACUGGAUGAUCCUGAAAAGCCCCUGUUACUGCCCAAGAGGCUCCCCUCAGUCUGUGCACCCCCAAAUGACCCUUGCCCCACGUGUUGGGUCUGGUUUGGGUUUGUGCAUCUGCUUUUGCUUGGUGAGUUCUGUGACCUCUGGCCACUCAAGGACAGACUUGUUUAACUUAGAGGCACAGACACUCCGGUGACACGGGUCAGUUGUGUGGUGACAGGAGCUCGUCCCUUCCCUCCAAGGACACGAGCAAGGUGGCUUGGAUGGGGUGCCCAGCCUUGACUGUCCCCAGCUGCUGGGUCCGAGAGGAGGGCCUUCCGGGCCCUGGGCCUUUCAUCUUCCCCCGGCCUUGGUACCUGGUCAGGUGGGUUUGUCUUCUGGCGGCAGGGCCUGUUUGUCCCAGUGUGAGUGGGAAGAAGUGGUCAGGGUGUGUCCUCUAGAAGAGUCUGGGCUUCUUAACUCCCCACAUGGAGUUGCUGGGACCUCUCUGAGCUGCCAGCCCCCGCUCCUGGCUUCUUCUAGACUUCUUGGGCCCACUGAUUGUUGACUUGGUGCAUUCCUAUCUGAUGGGCCCACAGCAUGUGGGGUGUGGUUGAUGUGUGUAUGUGCACAAAUGACGUGUUUCCACUCUCCAGCCCCUUCGGGGGUUUUCUAUGCACCCACUGUGCCUUAACCUUCUCUGUCUGCUCUUUGGGACAAGGCAGUAUUUUACUAAAUGUCCUUGAAUGUUCUUUUGUAUCAUGUGACUUAUUAAUAAAAUCCGUUUCAGAU